AUGCAUAGAGAUUCGGAAAACCAACAACGGUUUUUGUUUAACGAUGAAUUGAUUGCUCAAAUGUUGCCAGAUGGGCUUGUUUCAUUCAAUCGUCAAAUAGGCGGCCUUAAUCCGGAGAAACCUUUAAAAAAUAAGUUCCUCUACGACACUGCCAGUGGCACGGUUUAUAAGGUGCUCUCGGCGCGUCGCAAGGGUUUCAAUGAGGCCCUCUUCUAUGCGAAGGUAUUUGCGCCUGAAAAUGCUGACAACGCUGUGCUCAGUCGUCUGAAAGCCUUCUUACCUGCGUAUCGUGGUCUCUUUCACCAACCGGACUCCGGAAGCUUCCUGGUGGCAAUGGCAGACAUGCAGUGGGAGAUGGAGCAGCCUAACGCGAUGGACAUCAAGUUGGGACGGCAAAGCUACGGCCCUCUGGCCCCAGCCGAGAAAAUGGCCAUGGAACAGGCAAAGUAUCCCUGGCGGCGUCAGCUAGGUUUCUUCAUCACCGGCAUUCGGGUGGACGGUGCCUUCUAUGACCGUCUCUACGGAAAGUCACUAUCUCCUUCAAUAAUCUACGAAAAAGGUAUACGCUUAUUUCUCGAUGGAAAGUGUGAUCAAGACGUCAUGCAUCGGCGGAGCACCCUGGCGUAUGCUUUUGCGGAGCGUCUAAAACAGCUUAUCGAGUGGUUUGAAGCACAAACCCUCUACCGCUUUGUGGCCUCCUCCCUCUUCCUCUGCUACGAUUGGUCCACGCCAAGGUCGGCCGCUGAUCUUGCUUUUCCUAAUCACCGGUUUAUGCGUCUCCACCUCAUCGACUUUGCGCGCUGGUUCAAAGUUUCUGAUCUCGAUGUUGAUCCCUCGCAUGACGAGAACUGUCUGCAUGGCUUGUACAAACUCCAAAGUUAUUUUCAUCGUGCGUGCUCAGAGGCGUCGAACAAGCAGCCUUCCGCAGCUAAUGCUCUUGUCCUCAACGCUUAG